UUUCCCUUUUUUUUUCGUUUUUUUUUUUCUACUCAAUGCCGUCGAGUUCGAGUUCGAGUUCGAGUUCGCCGUCGGCUGAGCAACAACGCCGCAGUCGCAGCGCCACUCGCAGCAAGAGCCCCGCGCGCAAGGCAGCAGCCUCGGCAGCAGGGGGAGCGACGACGACGACAAGGAGCCCGUCGCGGUCACGAUCCAGCACCAACAACGAGCAAUCCUCGCCAGUCCGCCGCCGGACCGUCCCCGCCGCCUCUUCUGCCGCCGCCACAGGCACGCCAACGCAAAACGCAGACACCCUGGCUGCCCCUGGCGCUGGGUCUGGGGCUGGAUCUGCAUCCGGGUCCGAGUCGCGGGGUGGAAGAACGCCGCUUGUUGCGAGCAAACGCACGCCGGCUUCCCAUUCGUCGGCUGCGACUUCACGCGGUUUGAAGACAACGGCGACGACGGCGACGACGACGACGAUCUCGGCUGCCCUGCGCGCCGUGGAACACACUGCGUACGAGUUUGGAGGACCCGUUGGGUGCUUGAGCAUCAUGGUGGUCAGCCAUGUCAUCCUGUACUAUGUCUACUACGCGCUCCACUUUAACGGCGGAAACAUGUACGCGCCGACCUCGCUCGCGGAUGUCGGCCACGCGGCGAGCCAGCUCGUCCAGGCGACCACUCCCACCGCCGCCACGCUCGCCUUCUACGUUGCGUUCGUCGUGGUCGAGGGCGUGUUUGCGUGCGUCCUGCCGGGUCUCGAUCUGCUGGGUCGCCCCGACGACAAGGGCGAUCGCCUCGUCUACCGAUGCAACGGGCUGCUCUCGUGGUACCUGACCCUCGUCGGCAUCGCCAUCGCCUUCUACAAGCCGGCCUACGAGUACUUGUUCCAGCUCGAGCACAGCCCGCUUGUCUGGUACUACGACAACAUGGGCCGCAUGAUGUCCACCGCCGUCCUCGCUGGCAACGGCGUUGCGCUCGCGUGCUACGUUUACGGCCGCGCCGCCAACAUGACCCACCGCAUGACGGGCAGCGUGAUUUACGACUUUUUCAUGGGCGCCAUCCUGCACCCGCGCAUUGGUCUGCUCGAUUUCAAGUUCUUUGCCGAGAUUCGCAUCUCGUGGUAUCUGCUCUUCAUCAACACGGUUUCGUGCGUCGCCAAGCUGGCCAGCGAGGACAAGCCCGUGCCACCCUCGCUCUACCUGCUCGUGCUUGCCCACGGUCUGUACGCGAACGCGACCGCCAAGGGUGAGCACUAUGUUCCGCCGACCUGGGACAUGUUUUACGAAAAGUUUGGCUGGAUGCUGUCCUUCUGGAACUUUGCGGGCGUGCCGUUCCUGUACUGCCUGCAGUCUGUCUACCUGGUGACGCACGAUCCAGAGUACAGCGUGGCAACUGUCGUGGCGCUCGCCGUCAUUCUGCUCGCGGCAUACUACAUCUGGGACACUGCCCAGUCGCAGAAAAACCACUUCCGGCUCGAGCGCGAAGGCACGGUGGUCAAGCGCUGGACCUUCCCCAACCUGCCGUGGCGAACGCUGACCAACCCAAAGGUCAUUGAAACCGCGUCGGGCUCUCCGUUGCUUGUCGACGGCUGGUGGCAGUUUGCCCGCAAAAUCCACUACUCGUGUGACAUUUGCUUUGCCCUGAUCUGGGGCUUGUCGUGCGGCUUUGGCCACUUCCUCCCGUACUUUUACGUCAUCUUCUUCACCUCCAUGAUUCUCCACCGCUACGACCGCGACAUGACCCGCUGUGCGCUCAAGUACGGCAAGGACUGGGAUCGCUACCUCGAAGCUGUUCCCUACGCGUUCAUUCCUGGCAUUUUCUGAGAGUCAAUGAAGGGGAUGAGUGUGCUUUGUGUGUGUAUGUGUGUGUGUGUGUGUGUGUGAGGCGCAGGGGUUUUUGGUCUCUGCCAGUCAUGCGCAAUUGUAGACCGACCUUGUCGUUGAGUUUCGUAAGAAUGAGACAGUACACGCAAAUCCAAAACAACCAUCCGUCGAGCCGAAAAAAAAAAAAAGGUGACAAAACAAACA